GCCUUGGAAGGCAAUGAGAACAAAGACGGGAGGGCCGAUGCUGUCACGAGACUCUUACUCCUGCAUCACGGCUGGGACAAGGAGAGCUUGUUGGAAAAAUACUACGAAGGGCCCGAGAACGCUGUGCAAAUGAUGAUCGAUGCCGGGAUUGACAAAACUGUAGCGGAAAAGGAAGGCGAAAACAGCAGUGCACCAGGAUCCCCGACAAAGAGGCGAAGUUCUGCCAAGAGUAAAUCCUCCCUGCCGACGACAUUCGAGUGCGGAAUUUGCAUGGAACCCGCGAAACCCACGUGGCGCGGAGAAGACGCGGGUUGCGGGCACCGAUUUUGCAGGGACUGUUACAGGGACUACAUUUCAUCGCGCAUUCUCAGCGGCACCAUGAACGAAUGGGCGACAUGUCCUCAAAGUGAUUGCGAACAACUCGUUUCCCAUGAGCAGAUUGAGUCGCUGCUGAGUGCAGAUUCGCACGCAUUGCAACUGUACGCGAGAUUCCUGGUCAAUUCUUAUGUGGACAGUCACAAGAGUGUCAAGUGGUGUCCGGCUCCGGAUUGCGAAUUUGCAGUUCGUGUGCGGGAAGGUAUAGGACUGAGGGGUGUGGCACGAAAGGUUACCUGUUUGUGUGGUGCAGUUUUCUGCGUAGCCUGCGGCGAAGAAUGGCAUGAGCCUUCAACCUGCGUGGCCCUGGCCCACUGGCUUCGCAAAUCCGAACGCGACGGCCCGACACUGCAGUGGAUCGCCACCAAUACCAAGGAAUGUCCCAGGUGUCACGUGCCAAUCGAGAAGGAUGGCGGGUGCAAUCACGUCAUGUGCAAAAGUCCUAGCUGCAAGUACGAUUUUUGCUGGGUGUGUCUCGGACCUUGGGAGUCGCACGGGUCGUCGUGGUACAGCUGCAAUCGCUUCGAUGCAACUGAAGCCCAGGCUGCAAGAGAUGCUCAAAAGGCGUCAAGACUGCAUCUGAGCCGCUACUUACACUACUAUUCCCGGUUCGUGAACCAUCGGAAAUCCGUGGAGUUCGAACGGCAAUUGUACGACGUCGUGCGUCGACGCGCGGAAGAGGUCAUCGCAGCUCAGCCCCGUUUGACCUGGGUUGACCUGCACUUCCUGAAGCGUGCCGUGGACGUGCUGCUCGAGUGCCGACAAACUCUGAAGCACACCUACGUUUUUGCAUACUAUUUGAAGAAAUGCAAUCAGGGAGACAUUUUUGAGGGCAAUCAGAGCGACUUGGAGACUGCAACUGAGACUCUCAGCGAGUAUCUGGAGCGCGAUAUCACGACGGAUAAUUUCUCUGACGUGAAGCAGAAGGCUGCAAGAGAUGCUCAAAAGGCGUCAAGACUGCAUCUGAGCCGCUACUUACACUACUAUUCCCGGUUCGUGAACCACCGGAAAUCCGUGGAGUUCGAACGGCAAUUGUACGACGUCGUGCGUCGACGCGCGGAAGAGGUCAUCGCAGCUCAGCCCCGCUUGACCUGGGUUGACCUGCACUUUCUGAAGCGUGCCGUGGACGUGCUGCUCGAGUGCCGACAAACUCUGAAGCACACCUACGUUUUUGCAUACUAUUUGAAGAAAUGCAAUCAGGGAGACAUUUUUGAGGGCAAUCAGAGCGACUUGGAGACUGCGACUGAGACUCUCAGCGAGUAUCUGGAGCGCGAUAUCACGACGGAUAAUUUCUCUGACGUGAAGCAGAAGGUCCAUGACAAGUUGACCUAUUGUAGCUCUCGAAGACAAGUUCUGGUGGACCAUGUGAGUGAGGGCAGCAGGAAAAACUGGUGGGAUUUCGACUACGGAGUUGGCAGCGCGCUUUGAAAAAAUUUUUUUUUAGCCUCGAUCAUUCACAAAUCAAGGAAUAAAUCAGUUUUUUUAUGAGA